GUAGGAGCCGUGGGAAAUAGGUAAAUGUAAACAUUGGCGACUGGUUAUUAUAAGCAUCAUAGAUCGUAUUGUGAAUAUUUCUCGUGACGUACGAAUAUGCAAUAAUGUUGAUUCAAAAUUUGCUGAAGGUUAACCAGAAUCAGAUAAGAUGUGGGCACCGAUUCACAAGUUGGCUGUUAAAGAUGAAUAAAAUCAGCACCAUAAACCCAUUCAUCUGCUUAUGUUUCAGUAAUUUUACUACCAAAUAUAAUUUAAGUGGAAAAGAUUAUCUCAUGCGUGCAAAUAAGGAGAGUUCAUAUCUUUAUAGAAGACACUUUCAAAUAUUAAUUAAAAGACCAAACCUCUCCUCAGUCAUAAAUGUGAGUUAUGCAUUGCAUGGAUUUCAUACAAGCAACUUUAAUCUCGAUAAAAUGAUAGAUAGAUCAAGAGUACCACUGCUGAAUGAAGAUGACCUGGAAGAGAGUUUUGUUAGAGGAAGUGGGCCAGGUGGCCAGAGCGUUAAUAAGACUUCAAGUGCCUGCAUGUUGAAGCACAUACCCACAGGUAUUGUUGUCAAGUGCCAUGAAGACAGAAGUUUAUUAAGAAAUCGAAAGAAAGCUCGUCAGUUGAUGAUAAAGAAAUUAGAUGUUCAUUUUAAUGGAGAAAUGAGUGUAGAAGCUCAACUCAAGAAAAUUCAAGAUGCAAAAAAUAUAAAAUUGCAGCAAAAAUCAGUGAAGAGAGAAAUGAUGAAAAAGUCUUGGAAAGAAAGAGAAGGUAUUGAGUGAAAUAAAAAAGGAGUCAAAUCAAUUCUCCCACUUAAUGCACUGUAUCUUCAGCUCACAAUGAUCAUGGUGGGAGCUGCCAAGAGGACUGUGGUCUUACUUGCAGUUUUACCAGAAUUGAUCACCAACCAAUCAAGUCCAUUUCUUAAUCCAUCUGUGAACUUCUUGAAUAAAACUCCUCCUGAAAUUAUUUAUUCUGAUAAAAUAAAUUUCCAGUACAAUUGAA